AAUAAAAGUUCGGUUUUUCGGUUUCUCCCCUAUCACAACCGCGACUCUCAGGUGUCGCCGGGUCUGGGAAGUGAGAAGCUUGCUCCUUGGCUUCAACAAACGACACCGUCAAGUCCUCCUUUCGCCUUUGGGUCGGAUUGCAGGUCGAUUCUUCUCACAAUAUCGUUUGAAACUGCAGCUACUGUUUCUGUAUAUUAGUGCGUAAAACCCCUACCUCUUGGAUGGCGAACCCUAGGCUUCGCUCUUUGCUAUGGUGGAGAAAGUGGGCCAAGAAAGAUUGGGCGAUUGCAGCCGUCGGAUUCACCAUCAUCAUCUUCGCUCUUUCUUUUCUUUUCGAUUCACGAGCCGACGAUCUCGAUCUCACCGCUGCAGACGAUCUCGUUGACUUAACCUUACUGCAAAAUGCCAAAGAUAGAGGCGCUUUUUGUUUAGACGGGAGUUUGCCUGGUUACCAUUUCCAGAGGGGAUUUGGAUCUGGUUCUAGAAAUUGGCUAUUGCACAUUGAGGGUGGAGGCUGGUGCAAUACCAUAGCUUCAUGUUUGGAUCGCAAAACGACACCGUUAGGAUCUUCUAGGUACAUGCAGCGCCAGGUUCCUUUUGCUGGAUUACUGAGCAAGAACCCAUCUCAGAAUCCUGAUUUCUUCAACUGGAACAAAGUCAAGAUACGUUACUGUGAUGGUGCAUCUUUGGCUGGCCAUCCCGAAAGUGAAUUGAAGAAUGUCACAAAGCUUUACUUCAGAGGCCAGUUCAUUUGGGAUGCAUUUAUGGAUGAACUUUUAUCAAUAGGGUUGUCCAAUGCCAAGCAGGCUCUUCUGUCAGGAUGCUCUGCUGGAGGAUUGGCAACUCUUAUUCAUUGUGAUAACUUUCGAGAUCUUAUGCCAAAGGAUGCUAAUGUAAAAUGCCUUGCUGAUGCAGGUUUUUUCCUUGAUGAGAAAGAUAUUCUUGGAAACUACACCAUGAGAUCUUUCUAUCAUGAUGUUGUCAACCUUCAGGGUGUUACUAAAAGUUUGCCGAAGAACUGUGUUUCAAGAAUGGAUUCAUCCAAGUGUCUUUUUCCUCAAGAAAUUAUUAAAAACAUAAGAACACCACUAUUCAUAGUCAACCCAGUUUAUGAUUUUUGGCAGAUUCAUCAUAUCUUGGUACCAGAUGGAUCAGAUGUUCAUGGCCAUUGGCAAAAGUGCAGAAUGAAUCUUCAGUAUUGUAAUCCUGGACAGAUUGAGAUAUUACAUGGUUUCCGUAGUUCUCUGCUCAAUGCACUGAGUGAUUUUCAGAAAAAAGAGGAAGGGGGGAUGUUCAUAAAUUCUUGCUUUAUUCAUUGCCAAACAUGGGUGGCUGACACAUGGCAUUCACAUACUUCUCCAAAAAUCAACAAUAAGACCAUUGCUGAGGCUGUAGGUGACUGGUACUUCAACCGUAGAGUGGUGAAGGAAGUUGACUGCCCUUAUCCAUGCAACCCCACUUGCUAUAACAUGGAAUUUGCUUGAUCUUGGCAGUUGGCAUAGCUCCUGAAAUUUCAAAGCAUCUUUGGGUUACACUUCACUUUAGAUCUCAAGGUAACUACUCUGAAGCCCGACCACCUUCGAUAAUAUAAUUUUACUAUCCGCGGCUUGAUCCCAGGUACUUGCAAGGAAGUUGAGGUUUGCAGAUACCGCAUAUAAUUAAUUGAAUAGUGCUAAUUGGGGAUAAGACAUUUCUCAUAUUGCUGCUUGGUUGGUUUGUAUUACCCAGGUGGUAUAACUGGUGAUGUUCUGUAUGCCAUUACCUUUGUUCGUUAUCUGCUCAAAGGGAACGAAUGUAUGGGUGAAAUAUGGACUGAAACGAUCACCCAUAUUUCUGAUCUUUUAUCUUUAUUUAUUUUUGGUUGACUGUAUCAUUUGAUUCUUUAUCUUUAUAAGAAAGUUAAUUGACA